ACACUUAGUGCAUUAAUUGUAGGACGAGAGAUUAGGCACACAGCUACUAGUAUUGUGGAAUACCUUGGUCGAGUCAAGUUCUUCUUAAAUACCAGCAUUGGGCUUAUAAAAAAACAAAAAUACCAGCAUCAAGUAGCAUUAUCGCACAACACCCAGUUUCAGUAUUUAUAUAUAUAUUUUCGGUGAUCUAUAAACUUGGUUUAUAAGCACUAAGCAAAAUCAAUUACUUAUUUGACUUUCUUGUUGCCGAUAAUUUCACAAGGAGUAGCAGUGGGAUCUCCCCAUCUUUUCUUGCACUUUGUUGGUCAUUUCCAGAAAGGCAGAGCGUUCUACCUGGACUUCAACAUCUUCGAUGCAAGCAUCAAUUUAGUUUGCAGUGAGGCUCUGUCUUGCCGCUUUCAAUAGCUGAUUAAUUAGAGAGAUUUUGUGUUGAUCAAUGGCGGCAUAGUGCAAUCUAUAUAACUGAUCUUAUUUGGUGAGAUAAGGUUGUUGUUAUUGUUGUAAUUGGUGCGGUUCGGAACUCUCUAGUUGAAGUGGAGAUGACUAUGAUGGUUUCUGGGUGGCACUCUGAAAUGAUAGAGAAAAUAAGGAGGCUCGACCAGAAAUGUGAAUUUGAGCCAUUUUCCACCCCAAGGGAAACCUGUUACAAGCUGGUGAAAGCAAGCAUGGAUAUUGAUGAGAUAGAUCUCGAGUGGUGCUCUGAAAUGAUAGAGAAAAUAAGGAGGCUCGAUGAGAAAUGUAAAUUUGAGCCAUUUUCCACCCCAAGAACACCUGUGAAAAAAGAGGCUUCUUCAUAUCAAGUUCCUGAACUGAUCACAACUCAAGGUUCAAAGUCUUCCGAAAACAGCAAUAAAAAUCCUGAAAUGAUCACAAAUAUUCAAGGUUCAAAGUCUUCCGAAAACAUUGAUUAUUAUUUGGACUCUGCAGUGAAAAAAGCAAGCAGGGAUUUUUUAAGUGAAGAAAUAGCACGGGCACAGUCCAUGUCUAUCCCAAUUCCACCACAUGUAGACGACUCCAUCUCUUCUAGGAAGUAUAAUUCUUUAAACUCUGCAAAAGAGGGUUCUUCUUCAUCUAAACUCUUUGAGUCACAGGAAGGUAUUGAUGUUGCUGAUAUUAGCAAUAAAAUUAGUACAUCAACUCUAAGCACUUCACAGUCCUAUACUUCCGAAAACUUUGAGUAUUUCAAGUCUACACAAAAGGCGUCAGAGCAACUUUUGCAGGCACUAACCGAUGAAAGAAGUUAUGUCAUUGGUUUGUAUGGAAAGGAGGGCUCCGGUAAAACAUCGUUGGUGAAAGCUGAGAAAUUCAAGUACCGGGAGAUUUUUAAUCGAGUUCUAUUUGUCACUGUGACAGGAAAUAUUGUAGAUAUACGAAAUCUUCAUGGCCAAAUUGCUUCGCAGUUGAAUCUGAGUUCUGGGGAAAAUAUCAGUGACCUUGACAGAUCAAAUGAAAUAAAAUCGAUAUUGGAAAAUGAGAAGAAAGUUCUUGUUAUCUUCGAUGAUGUUUCUACAAUAUUAAUGUUUGACCCACGCAAUAUUGGUAUUCCUAAUCCAAGUAAACAAUGCAAGUUACUUUGGAUCAGACGUGAAAAAAAGAUCCUUACAUGGAGGAAAUGUCAUCCUUUGAUUCUUCUGAGUCCCUUAUCAAAAGAGGAUGCUUGGGAGUUUCUCAAACAAUAUUCAGACAUAGAUGAUGAUGACGACGACGACUCCUCACAAGAUGAGCUAGUCAAGGUGGCUCGUGAAGUUGCUGCUAGAUGUAAAGGGUUACCUGGUCUGAUUGAAAAGGUGGUGUCUUCCUUAGUUAGGAAGGAAAUCAAGGACUGGAGAGAACUAUUAGACAGUCUAAAACACUCAGAUGCGCGCCACCAGAUAUUUAUCAGCUUUAGAGGAACAGAUACUCGGGACAAUAUUACAUAUUAUCUCGCUCGUGCUUUGAUCAAAGAAGGGUUCAAGGUCUUCAAAGAUGAUGAGCAAGUGCGGAGUGGGGAUGAAGUUUCAGAAUCCCUCACUAACGCUAUUAAACAAACAAGGCUUUCGAUUGUUAUUUUAUCAGAAAACUUUGCACAAUCGAGUUGGUGCCUUGGUGAACUUGUCCAGAUUCUUCAGUGUAGAAAAGAUAUGAAACAACGGGUUUUGCCCGUGUUCUAUAAAGUAGAUCCCUCGGACAUAAGAUAUGUGAAAGGAAGUUUUGGCAAAGGCAUGGAGGGGAAGGAAAAGAGGUUCGGAACGGAAAAGGUACAACAAUGGACUGGAGCUCUGAAAGAAAUUGCUGACUUGUCUGGAAAGCACUACAUGAGUGGGCCCGAAUAUGAAUUUAUCCAAACCAUCGUUGACCAUGUCAAACAAAAUAAACAUUGCCUGUAUAUUAUUUAAAGCAUGCAUCUGGAGUGGAAGCAAGACUUUUAAUUUGUUUCUAUCAAAAGUAAUUGCAAACGGUGGCAGGCUCACAAAUGAGUUGUGAUUGUAAUACUAUAAUUUUUUUUUCGGAAAGGUUUUUUUUUAAUAUUAUAAAUCUUGAAUAGGUGCAAUUGUUUUUGGUGAUUUAAUAACUAACUGUAUGUUGUUUUUAAUUGGGGCAAUAUUGUUUUCUAUUUCUUGUAA